UGGACUAUGUACUAACUGCAUCAUCAUUUAUCUUGGUAUCAUUUGUCUGCAAAAUUUGGACAAACUUCGGCCUAUCAGAAAGGGACAUUGGCUGAAACUGAGCUCUUACACUGCAUUAUAAAUAAGGAAUACUGAAACUGGAGACAUUUCAAUCUUAAUUCCUUUUAAGAUUAAAAAGAUUUAAGUCAACUCAGCUGAUAUGGUAUGGAAACAUAUGAAACUCCUUUCUGCAACGCCUGGAAAAAUUGUUUGUGAAAUGAAAGUAGAGGAGGAGCAUACAAACAGAGGUGGCACGUUACAUGGAGGUUUGACAGCCACACUUGUGGAUGUGGUGUCAACAACAGCGUUGCUGUACACAGAAAGAGCAGUGCCUGGGGUCAGUGUGGACAUGAACAUCACAUAUACUUCUGCUGCUAAGAUUGGAGAAGAGAUACUGAUUACAGCUCAGAUUUUGAAGCAAGGAAGAAAUAUUGCAUUUGCCAGCGUGGAUUUAACAAAUAAGGCGACAGGAAAGUUAAUUGCACAAGGUAGACAUACAAAGUAUCUAGGAAAUUAAUAUAAGGAAGUAAUUUAAAAAAUAAUAAUUGUUGGGCUUAAGAAUCCCAUAGAGAAUGAUUUUCUCAUUUACGCAAUAAGACAUCAUCUGUACAAAGUUCUGAUAGUCUAUAUAAAGUGAAUUUGUCUCGCUCCCAUAAUAAACAAACAAAUUUCUUAAUUACCACCAGAAUUGCUACAAGCCUAAAAUCAGUGCCUAUUUUGUGAUGAACAACAGAGUGUGAUAGCAUGGGGCUGCAUCUGGCUUUUUUGACCACAUUCUGGUCAAGAUAGCAGAAGGGAAGAGCCUUUGGACCAGCCGUGUGGUUUACCGGCAUGACAGUGUUUUAAGAGAUCUCUGUUUUCUUUGCCUGUGGUGUCGUCAUGCGACAAAGCAACCCUGUCUUCAGGCCCGUCACCAUCACGUUGAAACAACACUAUAUAUGCUUACCAACUAAACUACUUGCUCUGCAAGAUGGCAGUACAGAGUUCCUGUAACAGUGUGUGAAACUGCUUUGAAAGUGUAAAGCAGGCUAAUACAAAAUGUAAUUUUCUGAUGCUGUAACAAAUUCAAAAGUAUUCAAUAAAGCUUUCUGAAACUAC